CUGCCUCCCGAGCCGAGGCGGCGGCGGCCGGCGCGGCGGGCCCGGGCUGCGCGCCGGCGCCGGACCAUGGAGCGCGGGCUGCACCUCGGCGCGGCCGCCGCGGGCGAAGACGACCUCUUCCUGCACAAGAGCCUGAGCGCCUCCGCCGCCAAGCGCUUAGAGGCGGCUUUCCGCUCCACGCCCCCGGGCAUGGACCUGUCCCUGGCGCCGCCGCCUCGGGAGCGCCCGGCGUCCUCCUCCUCGUCGCCCCUGGGCUGCUUCGAGCCGGCUGACCCCGAGGGGGCAGGGCUGCUGCUGCCGCCGCCCGGGGGAGGCGGCGGUGGCGGCGCGGGAGGAGGCGGCGGCGGCGGCGGGGUGGGCGUCCCGGGGCUGCUGGCGGGCUCUGCCGGCGUUGGGGGCGACCCUAGCCUGAGCAGCCUGCCGGCCGGGGCCGCCCUAUGCCUCAAAUACGGCGAGAGCGCCAGCCGGGGCUCGGUGGUCGAGAGCAGCGGCGGCGAGCAGAGCCCCGACGACGACAGCGACGGCCGCUGCGAGCUGGUGCUGCGGGCCGGGGGCGCCGACCCGCGGGCCUCCCCGGGCGCGGGAGGCGGCAGCGCCAAGGCGGCCGAGGGCUGCUCCAACGCCCACCUCCACGGCGGCGCCAACGCCCCCCCGGGGGGCCCGGGCGGCGGCGGAGCAGGCGGCGGGGGUGGUGGCGGCAGCGGCGGCAGCGGCGGCAGCGGCGGCAGCAGCAAGAAAUCCAAAGAGCAAAAGGCGCUGCGGCUCAACAUCAACGCCCGGGAGCGCCGGCGGAUGCACGACCUGAACGACGCGCUGGACGAGCUGCGCGCGGUGAUCCCCUACGCGCACAGCCCCUCGGUGCGGAAGCUCUCCAAGAUCGCCACGCUGCUGCUCGCCAAGAACUACAUCCUCAUGCAGGCGCAGGCCCUGGAGGAGAUGCGGCGCCUCGUCGCCUACCUCAAUCAGGGCCAGGCCAUCUCGGCCGCCUCGCUGCCCAGCUCCGCGGCGGCGGCGGCGGCGGCCGCUGCCCUGCACCCGGCUCUCGGCGCCUACGAGCAGGCUGCCGGCUACCCUUUCAGUGCCGGGCUGCCCCCGGCCGCCUCCUGCCCGGAGAAGUGCGCCCUGUUCAAUAGCGUCUCUUCCAGCCUCUGCAAACAGUGCACGGAGAAGCCUUAAACGCCCCCCUCCCCGGAAAAAAAAAAAAAACAGCAAAACACAAGACCGACCCCCAAGCUAGAGGAAAGUGAAAAGCUGCCCCCACCCCCCUUAUUUGGUCCUCUCGUAGUUGUGAAACACUUGCAGAGCAAACAAAGCAGAGGCGAGAACUGAGAAGUAUCAGAGACAAACGGGACUUCCAGCCCUGACAUCCCCAGAAUUUCGGUCUUUAGGGUGGGCAGGGCGGGAGGAGGGAGGUGGAGUUGGGGUGGAGGACGGAUGUCUUUUUUCACGGAAAAGUGGCAACUUUGGUGGCAGCUUAGAUCGCGAGGAAGCAGAGUUUCCCUUUAAGGUUAAAUAUAAGUUGGGAUGUAGUCGUUAUUAAGCGUGGAGAGUUACAUGGCAAAAUAGUAAUCCUACUACUAAUUGUGAAAUUGGCUAGAGGGAGAGAGGAAGAGUUCGGGUUUGGGUGGGUUGUGGGACGGAGUAUUCAUUCAGACAAAUCAGAAAGGGCACUUGAAAAUAAAUUUUGAUUCUGAGCCAGGAGAAAAACUUGAAAUGUAGAUUUAUUUAAGUGAAAAAAAAAAAAAAGAAAAAAACCA